AUGGCGACAAUGGCUGAAUUUAUACAGCAAUCUGAAAUAAAUGAUGGAAUACGUUUUUCCUGGAAUGCUUGGCCUGCUUCUCGACUUGAAUCUGCUCAAUGUGUUGUGCCUAUUGGAUGUUUGUAUACUCUGUUCAAAGAACGUUAUGAUUUCCCACCAAUUAAUUAUGAUCCAGUGUUCUGCAGUCGAUGUCGUGGUAUUCUUAACCCUUAUUGCCCGUUUGAUAUUAGAACUCGUACAUGGACAUGUUGUUUGUGCAAUACACGAAAUAGUUUUCCACCUCAAUAUGCAGGAAUGACUGAACAAAAAUUACCUGCAGAAUUGAUGGCUCAGUUUACCACACUUGAAUAUACCAUCCCAAAAGUUCAACUUGUUCCACCCAUUUUAUGUUUGUUAUUGACACAUGUAUUGAAGAACCAGAAUUUACUCAUCUUAAAGAGUCUAUUCAAUUAUCAUUGA